AUGGACGAGGCCAGCAUUGAGAAGCACGUGCAGCCAUGGCAGCAGGUGUUAGCAUUCAUCGCGCGCACGCAGGCCGCGCAGGCGAGCCCAAGCCGAGAUAGCCAAGAUAGUGAGGACGGGGAUGGGGAUGGUGGUGGCCAUGGCCGUGGCAAGUGGCUUGGGAGGUUACCCGCGUAUGGGAUGACCCCGCGGCAGCGCUAG